GAUCGCAAUUCGAGCGAAUCAAUUACACAAAAAGGCAAAUUUUGGAAAAUUUAGUUUUACGUUUUCAAUUUGUAAAUCGAUAAGUCAUUGUUAAUACAGAUAUCCUAAAUAAUGUCUGGUCGAGGUAAAGGUGGCAAAGUUAAAGCCAAGCCGAAGUCCCGUUCGUCGCGAGCCGGAUUACAGUUUCCGGUUGGUCGCAUCCAUCGCCUCAUGCGGAAAGGCAACUAUGCCGAACGCGUGGGUGGAGGAGCUCCCGUAUACCUGGCUGCGGUAAUGGAAUAUUUGGCCGCUGAAGUCCUGGAGCUGGCCGGAAAUGCUGCCCGUGACAACAAAAAAACCCGUAUCAUUCCCCGGCAUCUUCAGCUGGCCAUUCGUAACGACGAAGAACUCAACAAGUUGCUGGCCGGUGUAACUAUUGCCCAGGGUGGAGUAUUGCCGAAUAUUCAGGCGGUUUUGUUGCCCAAGAAGACGGAUAAAAAAACAGCUACACCUUAAGUUUAUUUAUUAAGCUUAAUCUUCAU